CGCCACUCCCUUGCCGUCACCGACCGGGGCGCCCUCUUCGCCUGGGGGGCAGCCGGCAGCGGCAGGCUGGGGCUGGGGCCGCCACCGCCGCCUGCCGUACACCUGCAGCGACACCCGGGCGGCGAAGGUGACACCACAGGCAGCAGCAGCAGCAGCAGCACGGGUGACCCAUGGGUCGAAUGGCUUCCGAGACAUGUCGCCGGCACUGGCAGCCACGACCGCAGCAGCAGCAGGGGCAGUGCCAGCCUGCAUGGCUUGCGGGUGGUCAGGGUGUUUGCGGGACAUGGCGCCACGUCAGGCUGUACGGA